AACCGGUGUACACCCGCGUGUUCUACACAAUACGGAAGAAGACCGAUCAAUCGUUCCAACUGAGCUAUUCAUUCCCAAUUUUCAAGCUAAUAUUUUUUGCUAUUCAACAAAAGUCAAAAUGGCACAGGAAUUUGUGGAAACUAAGCUUAGGGGAGACAAAGUUACAAUAUUUCUGAAACCGUCGUGCCCCUAUUGCGUGACGGCUAAAGAGGUUUUGUCCAAGUAUAAACUAAAAGCGGGGCAUUUAGAAUUUAUUGACAUAACUGGACGGAGCGACAUGAGUAGUUUACAGGACUACUUUUUGGAGUUAACGGGGGCUCGGACGGUCCCCAGGGUGUUCAUCGGAGAGGAAUGUGUGGGAGGGGGAAGUGACGUGGCUGAGCUGGACGAGAGUGGGAAGUUGGAGGAGAUGCUGCAGUCCAUUGGAGCGCUGCAGUGACACAAACACACACUGCCCUGGGGUGUGGCGGCGGGUGGAUGUCACAUGACCAGGCAGCGGGACUUCUUGAGUUUGCGUCGGCGCUGCUGAUACUCGCUCAGCUCCUGCAGGUAGCCCCUGGACGGCCAGCGUAGUCUCUCCACCUGCUCCCGCUCUUCCUCUAUGACGACACACAGCAGAAACACUUCCGUCACCCUCUUCUCCCUCACGCGCACAAACGCACAAGCUGCCUGUUGUUCCUGGUUACCCGUAAUCCCCUAAACAAGCACUUGGGUGUGAAGCCGUCGUCAAGCCAACUGCAUGCUCUCUCUGAUACACCUGUAUUUACACCCAAGAGCCGGCCCAGUGUGUGGUAUUAUUAAGUAGCGCUGUCUAGUCUUUGUAUCGUGCGUCAGUACACCAGUGCCCUUCCAGACCCGUCCAUUUGAGCGCAAACCUGAACUUGUGUAUGCUGUCAACAUUGCUAAUAGAAAUAAACAUGUACUCUGCAACUAAA